AUGCUGCUGUGGCUGACCCUCGCCCUCCUGGGGAGCACCACCUGCUGGGCAGGGCAGAUGUACGGGUCCGGAGGAGGCGAGUACUUCAGCACCUCUCCAGACUACGACAACGAUGUCACCGGGAUCCGGGUGUCUGUAGGUGUAUUCGGGCUGUUUAAGAGUAUCCAGGUGAGAUUUGGAUCCUCCUGGAGCGAAAGACAUUGUGCCUCAGGUGGAACGACCCAGGAAUUCAUCCUGCGGCCGGGCGAACACAUUAUAGCGGUCUAUGGCUCACACAAGAGUUACCUCCGGUACCUGGUCCUAUACACCGACCAAGGGCGCUGGGCCUCAUUUGGGCAGGAAAAUGGCAACACCUUCUCUGCCUACCCCACCCAGGGCUGGAAGGUGCUCACGGGAAUCUUUGGCCAGUGUAGGCUCCUCGGCAUGACAGGCAUCGGCUUUCAGUGGGAUGAUCCUCGAGUGGAGCUGACCACUGUACCAACAAAUGCCACCGGAUAGCCAGAGAAAUGAGUGCUCCUGGGUUCCCAGGGAUGGGUCACCGGUCACCUGGCUGAGGCCGUCCGGCUGCUGGUGG